AUGUCUGCGUCUCUUCCGACUGCACGCUCAGUGACCCGAAACGCUAUGCCCAAGGCACGAACAAAUAUGCAGGUCUCGAUGGGUGUCACAACUAUUCAAACCGCUCAGAUGUUGGCUGGAGUAGCUGUCUCCUAUAUUGUCUAUCGAAUUAAAACCGAGUCCAAUCUGCCAUGCCAGCAAUCAAUGGCCAACCUCUAUUUGGCCUUCAUCAUCUAUGUCACGUUUGCUGUGCUGUUCCUUCAGUUCUUCUACAAAGCCUACAUCGCAAAAGUCUAA